UGGCUGCUGCUGGCCGGGCACUGGGCAGGGCUGGGCCAGGCUGGGCAGUGCCAGGACGGGGAGCUCAGGGUGGGCUGGGGAGGUGUCACCAAGUGCUGCCCCAACUGCACCUGGAAGGCAGUUAACUCUGUGCCCUGUGAGGCGCCGGACCUCGACUGCCGAUGUCCCCCGGGGUACGGCUGCUCUGGGGACCCCUGCCUGUACUGCAGGAUACUGCCCCAGUGCGAGGCGGGCUGGGAGCUCAGCAGGAUCGGAUCUCAGUAUUCGCACUUUGAGUGCAAACGCUGUGAGAACGGCACCUUCUCCAGCACCGAGAACAAGUGGUGCCGCAACUGGACCGACUGCGAGAGCAGAGGCCUCGGCACGCGCCGGGCGGGGAACAGCACCCACGACUCGGAGUGCGGCGCGCCCGCCCCGGCCCGGGAGCCAGCCCCGGUUGCGCUGGAGUUCCCCUCCAGCACCAUCCUAGCCAUCCUGGUGGCCGUGGCCGUGUUCGUGCUGGUCCUGCUCACGUUCCUGCUGCACUUCUGCAUCUGGAGCCUCCACAGGGACCCCAAACUCCUGCUCGGGGAUUUGGGCCCGACCUUCCCGCGGCUGCCCCCGCGGCCGGCGCAGGGGGAGGAAUGCUCCAGCAUCCAAUUCCCGGAGGAGGAGCACGGCGACAAGAGCGAGGAGAAGCUCUCGGUGCUGUCCCUCAAGGUCUACAGCGAGCUGCGAUAA